AGAGAAGACAANUCAUCUAUUCUUUCACUUGGCAGGGAUCGCGAAAGAGAUAGGGGGGACAGAGGAGAUCGUGACCGAGACCGCGAGCGUGAGCGUUACAGGGAACGUGACCGUGAUAAAGAUCGUGAACGUUACAGGGAACGUGACAGAGAUCGUGACCGCGACCGUGACCGCGAAAAGGAACGUCGGAAACACAGAAGUAGAUCACGCGAAAAAGACCGUGAUCGUGAUCGCGACCGUGACAGGGAUAGGGAGAGGCGGCGUGAUCGUGACCGUGACCGUGACAAAGAUCGUGGUGAUCGCGGGGAACGUGACCGAGAAAGGGAGCGUGACAAAGAGCGUGAUCGCGAUCGUGACCGUGAUCGUGAAGGAGAAAGAAUCAAGGAAGAGCCAAAUGGUGAAUACCCACAGUACGACAACGAGAGCCAAAUGGACAACAACAAUAUGGAGAUGGUGGACUGAGAUUUUACUGAAGGACAACCUCUGGAAUGACCUUUCUCUUUUACGCACAGGAACCUUCUCAAGAAACAAAGCUUGAACACCUGCACUUAACGUUCUUAGCUAGAAAAUUCCGUUGUCGAUUCGUUGUGUAACAGGAAAUCUCUGUUUCUCUAUGAGCAUUGUGUGACUACUCAAAUGACGGUGACAAAAGAGGCUAACAGUUAGGUGGUCACGCAAUCUUCAUGCCUGCGACUUAAAAAGGCUAGUUCACUUUUAAAAGCAAAAUUUGUGUAAACGGCUGGAAAUUCGAGAUUAAAAAAAAAAUCCUUAAAAUAGUUUUAGUGCUGUGGAAGUGAAUAAGUUUACCCAUUCAUCGGCUCUUAUGUCGCAGGCUGAAGUUUGUUUUUUAGAAUGUAAUGUAAGUAUCUUUUCUCUCUCUUUCGUUUGGGCAAAAUUGUCGCUGUUUAUGAUGAAUAGCCCGACUGUCAUUCCGGUGAAUAGUUAUCAUUAGAGACAAUUUCAAACAACAUGCAUCAUUUAAUACUGCAUCUUCGUACUCGAAUUUUACAGUCGCAUAAUUACUCGGUAGUUAAUCUUAUUUUAUAUUUUAGUUCAUAAAUGGCUAGUUCUCUUUUUACAAUACUGGAAUGUAAUUGCCGAGUUUAAAUAAAUACGAAAGAACUGUUGACUCCA